AUGGACGUGGUAUCAAAAUAUCCAAAGGUGCUCUCUGCGUCGAGGCAUAAAUAUCGCCAGCUUUCCCCCGAGAAUGCGGAAGAGAUAUCAUCAACAAAGCAGACAACUCCAAAGCAAAACUUGAAACACCGAGAAAACAACAAGGAAGAAAAAGAGUUGAAGACUGAUGAAGAGUGUUUCAAAGUCACCAUGUGCUUCUACAGCCAGAAGAGAUUCCUCUGCGGUGAUUGGGCCUGGGGCAGCUUUGCUGCCAAGUGCAAUCAUGAAUACCGAAUGGGCGAAACCUGCGGCAUGAAACUCGUCCACAACACCGAGAACAUCCAAGCCAUCUGCAAGCUUUGCGAGAAGAUCCAAACCAAGCACCGCCGACGCAACACGGAGGUUGAGCGUAUUAACCGGUGGCGCCGCGAAGGAAGCGUCAUGAAAGCUUCCAUGGAGAAAUCUCAGGCCAUGGUCAAGGAUUUCGAACAGGAAAUCAGCCAAUUGGAGCAUGAGAGACAAUUGAAACAGAGAUCCAUUGGCAAGUGA